CAGCGCCAUUAAUAUUAAUUCUUUUAUAUCCGUUUCCUUGUUAACAUCGGAUGGUGUUAAAAUGACUUGUAAAAGACGGAAUGGAGGACGUUCAAAACAUGGCCGUGGUCAUGUAAAUCCAGUACGAUGCACAAAUUGUGCACGAUGUGUACCAAAAGAUAAAGCAAUCAAGAAAUUCGUGAUUAGGAAUAUUGUGGAAGCUGCAGCUGUAAGAGAUAUUUCCGAAGCUUCAGUUUACCAAUCAUACGUUUUACCAAAAUUGUACGCAAAAUUACAUUACUGUGUAUCAUGUGCAAUUCACAGUAAAGUUGUGCGAAACAGAAGUAAAACUGAACGUCGUAUUCGAACUCCACCACAAAGGAAUUUCCCAAGAGAUACGACCAGAAAUCCACAACAACAACGCAAAUGAUUUAAUUAAUUUGUACUUUACAUUAUUAAAAAAAUAAAGAAAA